AUGCCCCCACCCGACCCCGACCCCGCGCCGGACCUAAUCAUCGUCGUCCUCUUCGCCUCGUUGGCCCCACUAGUCCUGCAGUCGUACCUCGCCUUCUCCCCCAACUCAAGGACCACGCCGAACCGAGUCGCGCGGUGCGUGCUCGGCGUGCUCGGCGGGGUGGUGUUCACGUCCGCGUUCCGAUGGUGGUCCAGCCAGAACCUCCGCCGAAACAUGCUCACAGCGGCAAUGAGCACCCAGUACCCGCACAUGGCCCUCAAGCACGUCCAGCUCGCCCUCCUCCCCUCCCUGUCCGACAGCUAUCCCCGAGCCCGCGCAUUCUCCGCCCUCGACACAGUGAUCAACUUGCGCUGGCGCAACAUACGCAUCGCAGGCGCACCAGCCACAGGCUAUCUCAAGCCGCGCACCGCCAAGUCCCACACCCCUCCGAAGGCUGCGAGGUCACGCAUCGCCGCCGUGGCACACCACGCGCGCAUCGCCGCCACCCAGUUCGUGAUAAUGGACACGAUCCAGGCCCUCUUCCUCGCCCUGGCGCCGGGCACGAUCGGCUCUCCCUUCCCCACGCCACGCGGACGCAUCGACGACUUGCUGGGCACACAGCUGUACCUCCUCCCCGCCGUCCUCCCGCCCGUGGCCCUCCCCCACGUGGUCUUACAAGCAGCGAUCGCGGCGGCCAUUGGCGCGGGGACGUCGCUCGUCCUCUCGUGGCCUUAUCACGCGCUUGCCACGGUAUCGAUCGCGACUGGCAUCUACGAGCCCGACGCGUUCGACCCGGAUCUGUUCUCCAACCCGUUCGCGUCGACCUCGUUGCUCGACUUUUGGGGACGCAGGUGGCACCAGAACUUCCGGCGCGACUUCACGCUCUUGUCAACUGGCACGGUGCGGCUCUUGCGCCUCCCGCAGCGGGCGGCGCUGCCGCUCGUGUUUGUCUUCAGCGCGGCGUACCAUGCCGCCUUCCAGCCCGCUGCUAUCGGCCCUCGCGCGCUCCUGUCCGUCGCGGCCUUCUUCACGCUCUCUGGCGUCAGCGCCGGGCUCGAGGCCGCGUUCCGCGCCAUCACCGGCCGCAAGGUCCGCGGCUGGCCUGGCCGCGUCUGGGCCGUCGGCUUCUUCCUCGCCGCCGGCUACAUGAUGCGCGACGGCUGGAUCGACGCAGGGUACGUCACGGUCCCGUUCACUACUGGCGCUGGACGCGGCAUCGCGCGGUAUACCCUCCAGCACGUGCUCGUGCCCGGUGCAACUGCAUAG